AUGCUCGAUGGAAAUUUGCAGGUGGAAACAUUUGUGGCGGUUGGCGGCGUCGCCUAUGGUUUCCAGAACUGCGACCGCAAGCAUAAGGCUUGUAAUGAUCAUAGCUCUAUGUAUUGUGGAUCAUUGCUGCUGAAAGAGCUAAACUCACAACCAAAUCGAUUUGAAGGCAACUACACCUACGCAAUCCUUUCAUUUGCUGAUGAUGUACUUGGGGUAUAUUGCUGCAAUCACAAGUGCGCUGAACUCCGUCAUGCUAUUUUUUCGAUUGGUUUCCCGGAUAUGGACCACUUGACGAUCUCAUCAGCCACCAAAUUCUUGCAGCUUGCCUGUUUAGACCAUCCACAGCUAAAAGAUAUUCGCAGAAGUGCUAAAUUCUUCGCUGAUGGAACUAAAAUUAUUACUGAUUAUUAA